AUGCAGCAGGUUCCACGCAUUGUUAGCCGCCUGAGAGGGCUGGCUAUGGCUGAAUUGCCUCCCACUUAUCUCGCCCCAUCACUUCACCCCUCCGUGACCCUGUCAGCCAUUCAGUCUUCGAGCUUUUCUUCCACUGCCUCCGUCGGCGCCAACCCUCGACGCGACAAGAGCAAAAACCGUGGCGUAUCGGCCAUCAAUCGUACCGGUCCCAGAACCCCAUUCACCGUAUCAAGAUGGCCAUUGCCCAAACCUGUGUCGCCGGAAGAUAUGCAGCCACGGGAGACAAACCCCAACCAUGGACUCUGGGCCUUCUUCCCCCUAACCGGGAAGCAUUGCCUACCCCAGCUUAUGACAACGCUCAUGGUUAGUCGUCCAUGGACUAUCCAAGAACUCCGCGAAAAGAGUUGGGAAGACCUCCACGGUCUGUGGCACGUAUGUGUCCGGGAACGAAACCGCAUUGUCACAUCGGAUUUUGAGAGAGAGAGAAUCCAGGCCGGUUACGGUCAAUACGAAUCUCAGGAACGGGACAGAGUGAUUCGAGGCACCAUGAAGAACAUCAAGCACGUUCUACGUGAACGCUGGUAUGCUUGGGAGGACGCCUCACGAAUGUACAAGCGUGGAUACCGCCCUGAGAACUUUUACGGGCUCGAUGACGUUGAGGUCGAGCAGGAGAGCAAUGGAGUAGCCCAAGGCAAGGAGCAAUAG